GUCCUCUUCUUCCCGAACCAAUAUGUUGGCCACAUUGUGCGCCAGGGCCGUGCGGGUACCCGCCAAAGGCUCCUUACGGGUACACGCGGCGAGAGGUACGUCCAGUCCUCGUCACUCUGGUGGUUCGAGCUUGACCGUCGUGGCAGGUGUCUUCAGACAGACACCCAUCCGGCGAUGGGCUGCUACUGCUGCUGCUCAGACAGCCCCGGAGGAGGCUCUCAGUCAACACGUGGAGGCACACCAGGCGGCUUCUGAGACACCGGAGUUCUCCACUCUUCAGGACGUUGUCUCGCCCAACACCCUGAAAGCGAUCAUCGGCAAACCGUUCGAGCUUACGCGCAUGUCCCCGGUGCAGGCCGCCGUACUUCCCCUUCUCCCCGGUUUGGCUGAGCCCCACGCACCUGGCGCAGAGCAUCCCCGCGACCUGCUCGUCAGAGCACGAACAGGUACUGGUAAGACCCUCGCUUUCCUGGUGCCCGCUAUCGAGGCUCGGAUCCGGGCCAUGAAGGCAUACGGUGAACAGGCGGUGACGGACGCUGGGGCGUCGGCGGACCAGCACACGCAAGAACGCGCGAUGCGCCAUUUCGCGCGAAGCACUCCCGGUUGUCUCGUCAUCAGCCCUACGCGCGAGUUGGCGACCCAGAUUACGAACGAGGCGCUGCGUCUCAGCUCCCACCACCGCGGUUUCGAGGUCAGGCUCUUCGUCGGCGGUGCUAGCAGGAGAAGUCAGUUGCACGAUUGGCACAAUGGCAGGCUGGACAUCGUCGUCGCGACCCCGGGUCGCAUUCGGGAUAUUAUGGAGAACGAGCCUGAUAUCAGUAAGGCCUUGAAGCGGACGAACAUGUUGAUCCUGGACGAGGCCGACACACUUCUGGACAUGGGUUUCCGUGAUGACCUGGACGCCAUCGUCUCGCAUUUGCCAAAGUCCCCAUCGAGACAGACGUUCAUGUUCUCUGCCACGGUUUCCCCCCCAAUUCGACAGAUUGCCCGUGAGUACCUUGACGCGAAGCACUCGUACAUCAACUGUGUCGACGAUGCGGCGCCUCCGACCCAUGCUAGCAUCCCACAAUACCAUACUGUUGUGCCGUCCGAGGGCGACUUCGUCCCUCAUCUCCUCCGCAUCCUCGCCCACGACCAGUUGACGCACGGCAUAAAGUCCAAGGUCCUCGUGUUCGCCCCUACGACCAAAAUGACGCAGCUCUUCACGACGAUUGUCUACAGCCUGGCUUCUACGCUGCCUGCGGGUAAAUCGACGAGAGUCACUCCGAUGCACUCAAAGCUUAGCCAGCCGUCGCGCGACAAGGCUGCCGCCGCGUUCCGCGAGGCGUCGCGGAACCCCACCGUCCUCGUCAGCUCGGACGUGUCUGCCCGCGGCGUCGACUACCCCGGGGUCACGCGCGUCAUCCAGCUCGGGAUUCCCAUCACCGCUGAAUCGUACAUUCACCGUGCAGGUCGCACGGGCCGUGGCAAGGAUACGACGUCCGGACGCGUCGACCUCGUGCUUAUGCCUUGGGAGGCUGGCUACGUCAGCUGGAAGCUCCAAGACAUGCCGCUGAAGCCGGUGACGUCGAACGAGCUCGUGAGGCAGGUGCAAGAGCUCGCGCAGCGUUACGAUAACGGCGAGCUAGACGUCAAGUUUUUCCACGCCGCGCAGAAGCCGUACGCACCGGUGCUAGAGACGAUGCAAGAUGAAAUCAAGGAGCUGCACGGCCGGCUCGACGAGGAAGCGAUCGUGGAGACUCUGAUGUCGCUCCUCGGGUACUACGGUCCGCGUGUGGCCGAUCUGCGCGUGCAGCGCGAGGUCGUCCUCGAGGGUGUCAAGAAGUGGGCGACGCAGGCGAUGGGUCUCCCGAAGCCGCCCCAUAUCUCGGCCUCCCUUCUCGGGAAGACGGGCUUUGGUGGUGGUGGUGGUGCCUCGUCGCAGUUUUCCCGCGGGCGUUCCAGCAGGUCACUAUCCAACCAGCAACCAUGGAUCGGCCGUGGCAACAGGGAGUCGCGCGGCUUUGAUAAAGAGUCGCGAGGAUCUGACAGGGAUUCGCGGAGCUACGGUCAGCCUAGAGAAUCUCGAGGGUUCGACAGAGGUUCUCGGGACUUUGGCCGCGACUCCCGCAGGAGCGGCGGCUAUGACAAGCCGGCGCCGAGGAGGUCGUUCGACGAUGAGUGAUCCACCUACGUUUACUCAUCGCGCAAAAGCCUAUUGUGCAGGCGCGAUGCCUCGCACGGAGGUUGUUGACCGCCAGCUUAUGCGGUGGUAUGGGUUAGACUGGGUGCGCAGCGCCGCUGGGCCGCAUUGUACUUCUAGUAUGGUACCUACGCUUUCAUGCAUGUAAUAGGUUUGUUGCGCUUUCGAUGCGAAUAGAGACGACCUUGGGGCUCCCCACUA